AAAUCCAUGUUAGGAUUAAAUGCUACUUUACAUAUCAUACAUAUAUAAUUUCCGUUCUUUCCCUUUGAUUUUUCCAUUGGAAGUUUUGCAAGCUCUUAUUAAAAUCAACAACAUAUUCUCUUUCCCAUCAAACCUUGUAAUUGCUUAAAACACAAUUGUUCAUCUGCUUCUUGCCACAGCUUCCUUGGAAGCCCUGCACCAACACUGUGUGCAAUACUUUCACAAUAGUCAACAAGAAAGAUCGGCAUAUGGCCAAGUUAAUCCUCUUCUUCUUUCUUGUCUUUGUGACAGUAGCACAUGGUCUCCAAUUCUGCCAAGAAUCUUGCAGUCGAACAGGCCAAGAAAUUCGAUUCCCUUUUGGACUUACCGGAGGUAGAUGCAGCUAUCCUGGUUUCAAUCUUUCCUGCUCUGCUGGAGACCAGACGAUCCUCGCUCUCCCUCGUGCCGGAAACUUCAUAGUCCAAUUCAUCGAUUACUCGGCUCAACAAAUAUACAUUAGAGACCCUGGAAACUGUAUUGCCGAACGUUUCUUAAAGAAUUUUAGUCUCUCAGGAUCGCCUUUUAUUGCAGAAAUAUAUCGCAGCUUCACUUUUCUCAACUGCUCGUCAAAUUUCUCUGCCUCCUUUCUCCCUCCUUCUUCAAGGAAAGUUAAGUGCCUCAGUAGCGAAAAUUCCACUGUUGUGGCUUUACUGAACAGUUAUGAUCAGGGCUACGAGCCAUCUUCAUUUCCGUCGUGUACGGUGAUGGCAAAAAGAGUUGAAGUUCCGGUAUCGUGGUAUCGCUGGGCUGAAGGAGAUGCCUCUUUAACAUGGACAAAACCGGAUUGUAGAAGUUGUGAAGAGCGCGGUGGCACUUGUGGAUUCAAAGGUGAUACAGGUUUAGAUAUUGGUUGCUUCGAUCUGCCCCGUUCUAAACGCGCUCUGCCAAGAAGUGCAAAGUAUGGCAUAAUAAUCGGGAUUGGAAUACCAGGACUACUCUGCAUAAUUGGGCUUGGCUGUUAUGUGGCAGGCAGAGUCGGGACAUACAGGCGUAGCCUCCACUCUAGCACAGCACUCAACGCCACAUUUCCACGGCAACCAUCCAUGGCAGUGACAGGAAUCGACGGAGCAACAUUAGAAUUAUACCCAAAAACAUUACUAGGCGAAAGUCGACGAUUGCCUAAGCCUAAUGAUAACACUUGCCCCAUAUGUUUAUGCGAGUAUCAACCUAAGGAGACAUUAAGAACUAUACCUGAAUGCAACCAUUAUUUCCACGCUGAUUGCAUUGAUGAGUGGCUUAAAAUGAAUGCAACAUGCCCUCUCUGUCGAAAUUCGCCGGAUGUUUCUUCCGUAGCUACACCUUCCUCAUCAUUGUCUGCUUCCUCUAUUGCUACUACCCCUUCCUCAUCGUUGUCCGAUUCAUCAUCUUCAUUGUAUUCUGGACCAUAAAAAUAUGGUUUCCACGUGGUGCUUUUUUCUGUAUGUUUUGUUGAUGUAGAUUUCGCCUCAUUGGGUUUUUGCGUUUUGGUAAUGUUGUUUUGUUCGAAUACAGAGGAAACAGAGGAGAGUUAAGAAGGGUCACCUUGUAAAUCAAGAUCUUAUUUUGUUUAUGGUUGACGAUUGGACAACUAGUUUGAGAUUGCUGUUUAAUUUAGCAUAAUUUUGCAUUCA